GUGGAUAUUAAAUGAAGCGAAAUGUUUACAUGGAAGUCUUGGUUUUCACUACCCUCGCGACUCGAUCACCCAGAUACGCCAUCUCUCUUCCAUGGCCGAGUCGGAUUUCAGCUAUGUCAACCCAGCAGUUGCUGAAAUUGUUGUGAUAAGGCACGGUGAAACAGCUUGGAAUGCCGAAGCAAGAAUUCAGGGACACCUGGAUGUAGAAUUAAAUGAAGUGGGGCGACAGCAAGCAGUUGCAGUUGCUAACCGUCUGGCCAAGGAGAGGAAAAUCUCUGCUGUAUACUCUUCUGACUUAAAAAGAGCUCUUGAAACUGCGCAAAUAAUUGCAACUACAUGUGCUAUUCCAGAGGUUAUUAAAGAUCCUGACUUGAGGGAAAGAAACUUGGGAGAUCUUCAAGGUCUCGUGUAUCAUGAAGCAAUCAUGACAAAUCCUCAAGCUGCUGCAGCUUUAAAAUCUCGCCGUACAGAUCAAACAAUUCCGGGUGGUGGAGAAAGUCUUGACCAACUUUACCAGCGUUGCACAUCUUCAUUGCAAAAAAUUGGAAAUAACCAUAGAGGCGAGCGAGUCGUUGUGGUCACUCAUGGCGGUACUAUACGAGCGCUGUUUAAGCGAUCUCAUCCUCGCGGUAUUGGAGGCAAGAUACUGAAUACAUCUGUGAAUAUAUUUCACUUGUCUGAUGGGGAGGAAUGGAAGGUAAAAUCAUGGGGUGAUGUUAGCCACCUUAACCAGACGGAUUAUUUACAGUCUGGGUUUGGAGGAGAUAAACAUUCUGGUUAGGUUGACCAUCCCAUGACGUAUAAAGCGAGAAUUCAUUUUGGUUCUUAAAUUUAAAACAAGAAAGAUUGUUAUGGUCUCUACCGUUAACUUUUUGUUAGUAAACUACUAUUGAUGAUGUAGGUAUUGUGUAGGCAUGAAUGGGUGCGCCAUGGUUGCCAAAUGGGUGUCGCCAUGAAUGGGUGUGGCCAUGAAUGGGUGCCAUGGCUGGCUACCAUGUUGCCACCUUUCUUCCAUCUUACGGAAACCAAAACAUCAUUUCUUUAAUCUCAAUCUCCACAUCUUCUAUUGAAAAUGUCUAUAAUUUAUUUGGUUCUA